GGAAGGGGAGAAUAAAGGGGAAGAAAGAUCGACCGCAGUAGGGGGUGUCUAGUACAAUCUGAACUGGAACCGCAAGGUGUUCGAACUGGAAGGCUUACGAGCUGGCUUGGUAACCUUUAGGGCCAGGUAACAAAACAUGCGUCUUCAAUGACGAGGAUUAUGUGGUAUCAUCACGGCCAUUGCACGAACCCGUGGUAUAUGAACCUGUCGACCGGCAUUCCCAACCCGGUUCCAUAGCAGCUGAAACACAAAGCGGAACAAAAGUGAGCUACACCACGUGAACGCGAUGGGUGACGUUAUCCACGAGCGGGACAAUAAUGGCACCACCAGCUCUGCAUCCGCUAGGGAUAUCUGCGAGGAGUUCCUCAAGUUGCUGAGCCGCAAAGAAGUUGAGCAGCCUCUGAUAUGCCAAAACCUCUGCCUCUGCGCCCAAUUCUGGCGAUACCAGCACUACCUUCUCCCCCGCUGGGAAUGGGGCAUCACCAAGCUCGUCUGCCUCGACCUCGGCAGCUUCCGCAACACCCAACCCAACGGCGGGCCCUUCCAUCAUCACGACAACCAGAACCAGCAGGAGCCGCAAGAACAGCAACAGCAGCAGCAGAAGCAACAACACACCACAUACGGAAGCACCAUCCGCGACCCCGCCCUCCGCGCCGAGUUCAACACCCGCCCGCUCUCCGCCUGCGACGCCCUGCAGACCAUGCUGCGCCACGCCGCCGCCGUCGAGGUCGCCGCCUCCCUCGCGCUGUGUUCGUCGGGUCGCGGCGUCGAGCACGAGCUCGUCAAGCACUACUUCAAGCGGUUGGAGGGGCUGGCAGAGGAGGGUGAGAAGGAGCAGCAGGGGAAGGCAACGGACAAGGACAAGAAGCUGAGCGAACUGCCGCCUAUGGCGGGGUACGCGGGGAACCGGGAUCUUGUGGACGUGCCCGUGUGGUUUUGGGGUGGGGGGUACACGGCGGAGGAUCGCGAGGCGCUGAAGCGGGCGGCCGGGGUGAUGCGCGUGGCGCAGCUUCCGCCCGUGGAGGUGGUAGGUGGUGAUGUGGAUGAGGUGUGUGAGCUGGUUGAUGGGCGUACGUUGGUGUAUACGGUGGGGUUGGAUGGUGCGGUGUGGAGGGAGGUUCUGCGGCGGUGUGAGCCGGCGGCAGUGAUAGGGGGAGGUUGUGCGUCGGAUUUUGAAAGGUAAGAUGGGUGUUUGUAAGAGAAAGAUGGGGGUGUGGCAUGUUUGUUAAUGUUUUGGGUUCGUAGUGACGACGCCCUCAGGAAUGAUAUCGACACAUUACUCAACGAUUAUCGGGAGUUCAAGCUCGACCAGGCACGGGCACCUCACACGAUAGGGUCAUCACACUUGUACAUUCGGAGGGAUAUCGUCGAAGGGGCAGAAAGGGAGACGAUUGUGCCGCCGUACCCGGUUACCUUUCCACACGAUUAUCCGUACGAACAUAAGAAUUGGUAUCUGGAUCAACUUGAGAAGCACGGGAGUGGAAAGGUGGUCCUUCGUGAAGAGACGACGUUGUGAAGAGGUUGGUUGGGCGGAGGUACUUUCGUUGUUAUUUGAGAUGAUUUUACUAAUUAAUAUACACGACGAUUCAGUGUUUUGAGUCAUUUUAGUGAUUGCGGCAGAAUAAAAUAGUCGAGUGUUUUGGACUCUUCGCUGUGAGUGGGAAGAGGUGAGGUUGAGA